AUGACUACCAUCAUGGAGAAAUCUAAAAACUUUCGUAUUGAUGCGCUACUGGCGCACGACGUUGAGCAGAGGACGGACAGUGAUGGUGUGUCCCCGGGGUUGUACUACAGUAGAAGUCCCGGCGGCAGUCCGGUGUCCACCCGCGGCUCAGAGACGCCCUCCCCUCGUCCAAACCCAACAAACUGCUCUCCAGCCCAGCUAGGAGUCCUAUCUAAAUCCCAGCUCUUCAGCCUGUCCCAUUCAGGAUUCACUGCUCUGCACCAAGGGGGUCUUCUCGGAAUGCACCCGGGCUCCAUGUAUCCUCUGGCGGCCCUCGGAGGCCAGCACCCCGCCUUUAUAUACCCCGGCUUCACGCAGCUGUCCCAACCAUACCCGGAGCAGCUGAAGGGGGCCACCAUGGCCGCGACGCACCCGCUGGAUCCGUGGAUCAGGGCCGGGAUGAUGAUACCCAGAUUCGGAGAGUAUGGAGCCCCAGAACACGCAGGUUUGUUGGGGAAGUGUCGGAGGCCCAGGACGGCUUUCACCAGCCAGCAGCUGCUGGAAUUAGAAAACCAGUUCAAGCUCAACAAGUAUCUGUCCAGGCCUAAACGCUUUGAGGUGGCCACUUCACUCAUGCUGACUGAGACUCAGGUUAAGAUCUGGUUCCAGAACAGACGUAUGAAGUGGAAGAGAAGUCGCAAAGCCAAGGUACAAGCAACGCCACUGACUGACACAGAAAGAGCUGUAAUGGAUACAAACAGUGCCAAGCCUCAGAGUGAUUCACACAGCUCAAGCCUGGAUGAUGAAGAGGAGAUAGAAGGGGAUGAUGAGGAUGAAAAAGAGGAGAUAGAAGUGCUGAGGGAAGGUUCUUUAGACUCUGUAGGCUUCGUGAGGCACGCUGGAGGAGGAAAAGGGAACUAUUACUCAGAGGAGGAGCUGGAAGUGGAAGGCCCAAGAACAAUAAGAGGGGUUUUCCCAUAGUUAUAAAGUUCAGCAUGCUUUUAUUAUACAUCUGUAUGUUUAUUGCUGUUAGGGACAAUAUACAAUGUAAUCAGGAGCACAAACAUGGUGGCAUGAAGAGGAUCUUUCAAUUUUCCCAGCUGAACCCAUAAUACCAUAUGAGCUCCUGAAUACGCAAAUGGGUAUGUCAACAUCUGCACAUCAUACCAGAUAUGGAAACUAAUCACACUAAACCAAAAAUAAUGCCAC